AUGAGUAGAAAGAGAUCAGAAAGUGGGGAAUCUUCAUACGGUUGUGGUGAGAUCAAGGGGUGGAAGGGUAUUUGGCAAAUGAAUGCCCCGGGGGUUGUGAAAAUGUUUAUAUGGAAAGCUAUAAACAACUGUUUGCCAACCAAGUGGAACCUAUACAAGAGAAAAGUUACUGAAAAUCCCUUUUGUCCUAUCUGUGUUAAAAGUGAAGAAUCUGUUUGUCAUGUUCUAUGGAGUUGUCCAGCUGCGGUGGAUGUAUGGGCAGAGGUAAACAGUCCUGUUCAAAAAUGGCCGAGGGGGGAGGCAGAUUUGGGACAAUUAUGGUGUAAGGUGGUUGAAAAAUGUAGUGAGAAGGAAGUGGUGUUAAUAGCUAUGGUUAUGCGCAAUAUAUGGCUGAGAAGAAAUUCUUUUGUUUUUGAAGAGAUGUUCUCCAGUCCAAGUGCAAUCUGGAAUAGAGCAAAGGCUAGUAUAGAAGCAUAUCAGGAGGCUCAAAGUAGACCUAUUAAGGAUGCAGAACAGACUCAGAUACAGAGAAAAAGGGUCAGAUGGAAGGCUCCUAGGGAGAGGGUGGUGAAGAUUAAUUGGGAUGCUGCCUAUGAUUCAAAAAGUAAGAGGAUGGGAAUAGGGGUGGUUGUUCGGGAUGCAGAAGGGGAAGUGUUGGUCUCUUUGUGCAAAACAAGUCUUCAUUCAGUGUCUGUUGCUGCAACUGAAGCAGAUGCUUUGUGGCGUGCUUUAAUUCUUUGUACAGAGCUGAACAUUGGGGAGGCUAUCUUGGAGGGAGAUGCUUUGAGUAUUAUUCAAGCUGUGUGUAGCAGGGAGGAAAGAUGGGAAUGGCAUGGUCAGAGAUUAGAAGACAUCAGAGAGCUAAUAAGGAGAAGACCCUUGUGGAGGGUGAUACAUACGUAUAGAGAAGGAAAUUUAGUAGCUGGUUUUUUUAGCAAAAUAUGCUCUGAAUAUAGAUGA